AUGAGAGUAUUUGCUUUCCUGCACUACCUCCUUAUUAGCCAAGCCCACGUAUUGCUUGUCCCACGUCCUGCAGUCUACACAGCCCAACUUAGGCGUUAUCAAGCCUCUUGUGGUCUGAAUGUCUCCGUGUCAGGUGGUGGAGCGUCUUUAAAUCGACGGCAACAAUCAUCUGGCACCGGAAACAUUCUCUGUUCUCUUGCGCGACAGAUCGUUUUUGGUUUGACCAAUCUGUUGGCUGGACAUUCCGCUCCGGGUUUGCCAAGUUCCAGUGAUUGGCAGCUCGUUUUUGGUUUGCUGGAAGUGGCCGGCGCUGGCGCUAGGCCUUACAGAUGGCCGCCAUCGGGUUGGCCUGCAGGACAGGAAGUGAACGGGCAUCAAAGCGCUCGGCGGUCAAGGACCAGACGAGGUCUGCGUAGACAGACAAUAAGGCGGGACGAGAAUCGUGCUGCUGAGACCCUUCGUGGAGAUCUAACAACUCCAUUAACUGGAACCAUUCUAUGUAAUUCCAAUAUACUCUUAACCUUGGACUGA